UGCCAGUUUCGGCAGUUUCGACCUCCGUUGUGUACUUUAGACACGACGGUUUAUUUUCGUUUCGCGUCAUUUCCAACUGCACGACAUGAUCGCUUUGCACAUUACUUCGUCCGGUCAGAAGAGAAUCCGGGCGUCUCUCGGAACCUUGUCCGACUCGUCUGCUCUACUCAAGAGGUCGAGGAUUGAGCCGACGAUGAACGCAGGGGCCCAGGAACAGCAGCUUGCCAUAUGCCAGAGCAUGGAUUCUGUCAAUAAUCCAACACCCGAGGAAGAGGUGAGUCAAACAUACCACACUUCACCUGGGCCCUCUUCUUCGGAGAGUGAAGUUCGUACACUUUUCGUCAGCGGACUUCCCAUGGACGCCAAACCUCGGGAGCUGUAUCUGCUGUUCAGGGCAUACGAGGGAUACGAGGGUUCUCUUCUGAAAGUGACCAGCAAAAAUGGGAAAACAGCAUCGCCAGUGGGUUUUGUCACUUUCAACACAAGGGCAGGUGCAGAGGCGGCUAAGCAGGAUCUACAGCAGGGUGUCCGGUUCGAUCCAGACAUGCCGCAGACGAUCCGGCUGGAGUUUGCAAAGAGCAACACCAAGGUCAGCAAGCCCAAGCAGUCCACGGCUAGUAUCACCAACUCGCACCCAACUAUAAUGCACCCACUCACUGGACAUUACUGUUUCGGGGGUACAAAGCUAUACGAUGGAAUCUCCUAUUACGAUUCCGAUCUUGGAGGUCCUUUCUUCGCAGGUGGGCCUGAGCUGUGGCCGCACCCUUUGGCAUAUGCAACGGCAGCAGAGCUACCUGGGACAGCUCUUCAACAUGCUACUCUAGUUCACCCAGCCCUACAUCCCCAGGUCCCAGGCUUAACAAUGCCGCAUCCAGGGUCAGCGGCCCUGACCCAUCACGGGUCACUGCCCCAUUUCCUGCCAUCUCCGGCUUUGGCAUCUCCUGUCGGCUCUUCUCCAACCUCUCAGCAACAGGCGCACGUCCCGAACAAUGGUCCCUGCUCCACACUAUUCGUAGCAAAUCUCGGACAAUUCGUCUCAGAACAUGAACUCAAAGAAAUUUUCAGCAGCUUGCCCGGUUUUGGCCGUCUGCGCCUACACACAAAAGGAGGGAAGCCGGUCGCAUUUGUCGAGUUCAAAGAUGUCAAGUGUGCUGCAAGAGCCAUGACUGCUCUUCAGGGAUCCUUUCUUCUAUCAUCGGACCGCGGAGCAAUAAGAAUUGAGUACGCCAAGACUAAAAUGUCGUCUGAGAGUUUGCAAACAUUUUGUUUAUUCUGAUGAUACAAACUUUAGCAGUGACUAUUUCAUGGGUGUUUUAAGUUUAGGGAAGUCAGCAUUGUAAUUUUCAUGAUGGCACUACAAAAGCACUGCACACUCACCAGCACAAAAUAAUAGUUUUGAAUGACUGUAGACCGUUGAAAAAUCACUUUUAAAAUUGCUAACAUUCAUUAAUGCAACACUUCAUUAAAAUAUCUCAUCCUGCAACACUUGGACAUAUUUUUCUCACAAAAUUGGGGAAGUUUGUUGGUUUUGAUGUUAAUUCUGUUUUAUGUAAUUAAUCUUUGCAAUUACUUAAAAAAAAAAAAAAAUAGAUAUAUAUUUUGUGACGCACAGUUAGCAAAAGUUUCAAGGGUAUUUCAAAAAUAGUCAAGGUUGGCUAGUUUCAUUUCACUUUUAAAAUAUAUUGUUUUUAAAAUAAAUAAAUCUUGUUUAAUCACCCUAUUAAAAAUUAUAUAUCUUGCAAACUAUUUUUGAGAUACAUAUUUAAAAAGCUGACAAAAUUACAAUAAGAUUUUGUUAUGAACAGCUAUCACCAUGGUCAUUUUUUUUCAAUCACUGUUAGCAAUAUUCUGUGAGCACUUUUUAAAUGUUUACUUGCAAUCAAUGUUGAUUUUGAUUUUUAGUCAUGUUUAAUGAAAUUUUACAGUAAUAAAUAAGGUUGUUGACUGAUCCAUUAGGAUUUGAGCCGCACCUAAUGUAUCAUUUAACACCGUUAUAAUAGAAAAGUAUGUACUGCAGUCUUUGUAAUUUUUAACAUAAUGAAAAUCAGGUGGUGUUUUUAAUUUGCAUGACAUAUUUCUUGAGCAUACUGCAUGCGUUUUAUUUAUUUGGUUGAUUCGCCUACCCUUUUGAUGAUAUAACCAAAUGAUUGCACAUUUGUAUGUUUCUUAAGAGAAAUGCAAAUAAAAAAAUACAGUUUGGAAAAGUCAUGCAAAUGAGAAUGGUGUAGAUUAAAUAAAAAUACAAGGCUUUUGAUCAUCAGGAACCUAGAUUUCUAUUUUUUUACUUUCCUCACUAUGUUGGAAAUCCCAUGGCCGUUGGCACUUUAGGCCUCUUAGAAGAUCAUUGUAGUGUAGAAUUAAAGGUGUUGGGAUGUGGGUUCAGGAUUGCAACUUCUUGCAGUUUCAAGGAAAAAUAAGAUUUUAAAUAGUUGGAUAGUAUGGUUUGAUAGGAAGUAGAGAGCUUGAGCAAUGGUUCGAAGGAUUUGGGACAGUUUGAACACGUUUCUUUUGAAGUCGAUUCCAUACAUCCAUAUGGGUUGUGAUGUGUAACUGGCGGUUGUUUAGUAGUUAGAUUCAAUUAUGUUAAGAAAUAUUUUGAUUAGUUCAUAUUGUCUGUUCAGUUCUAUCAUUUUAAAUCAAGUGUGGGUGUCCCAAACAAAUCAUUUGUCGAUGUAAAGUCCCAAGGAUUUUGGACUGGAAUGACUAGAUUCUUUGGUGAUUGGAAUGUUUGGUUGAACCCCAGUGUUCUUUCGAGUCAAAUGUAGAGGUUCAAAAUAAGUCUUUUGGCAAUGCAAAGUCCCAAUUAGUGUACAGCAAUGUUUGCUGAAAGAGGGACAGAGCUGUAAUAGAUAUGGCAAAGGGUUAAGGUUUUUUGUUUGAAUUUGUUUUCUUUCAAUCUGAUUCUCAAUUUCUUGAAAGAUUUUUCCAAACAGGGGAGAUGGUACUAGGUUUCUUGGUAUACUGAAUAAAUGAGGAGCAAUGUCUCGGGAAUGAUAAGAAUGUCAGUAUAUACUGAAUAGAGAAUGGGACCAAUGAUGCUGCCUUGCAGAUAUGCUUUAGCGUAAUGAACAAGAUUUGUUCCUUUAGCCUUAAACUUUUGUCUAUUGUGCCGAAUAAAUGGGAGACAAGGUUGUUCCAAAGCUAAAGUUGAAAGUACUGGGGAAAAAAACCACACACCAUUCUUAUUUGCAUAACACCCUUACUAGUAUUUUCUUUAACUUCUUUUUAAAUACUUAUUUUUAAUAUAUAUAUAUAUAAU